GAUUGGGGAUUAAAUUAAGCAAAAACAGGGAGGCACCAGCGAAGCCAACUCAACUGAGCCCACCUCACCAUCCAUCGACGAAUCACUCUCCCAUUUAUAAAUUAUAAGUUUAUAACCCUCCAAACUCACACUCCACCCUCUCCCUUUCUCCAAAUCCCGUUGCAACCACUUUCUACACACAAAAACAAAACCAACAACACACUCAUCAUAUAUAUUGAAUUAUUGAUUCAUAGCCACUGUGAUAUAUAUAAUACAAGAUAAGAAGAUUUCGUCCAUGGAACUGGAACUUGAAUCCUCCUCCACACCCACAGCCCAAGCCACUUCCCGCUCAUCCUGCUUCCCCUGCUUCGCGCCGCGCCGACGCUCCGCCUCAUGGUGGCAGCGCGUCCGUACAGCCUCCUGGUCCGACAACUCCUCCCCCCGCGCUCCUCCUCCCACCGCCGCCGACCACUGGUGGUCCCGCGGACUCCGGGCAUUCAAGAAGCUCCGCGAGUGGUCUGAGCUCCUCGCCGGUCCUAGAUGGAAGACCUUCAUUCGCAGGACCUUCAAUCGCAACAACAACCGCGCAUCCAAGCGCGUCGCCGCAAACUACCAGUACGACCCACUCAGCUACGCCCUCAACUUCGACGAGGGGCAAAACGGUGAUUUUCACGACGACCCUGACGUACGCAACUUCUCCACGCGCUACGCCUCUGCCAACGUAAAAAGCGUUUCGGGCGCGGAGGAGGAGGUUGGUUGCGGUUCGGGUAAAGAUGACGUCGUUUUGGUAUGAGGUGAGCUGGCAAGAUUCAUGUGGUGGAUAGUGGAAAGACAAUGCCAGCAAAGGGUGAGAGUGAGAGUGACUGCGCGUGGGAUUCGGUUGGUGUCUUCUCCACUCUGUGACUCUUGAAUGUGACAUUGGUGGGUGGUGCCAAUGCCAUUGUAGCAACCUUUCCCUCUCACUAGUUUUUUUCUUAUUUUGGCCCUUUCGUAUUUUGCUUUUCUGCAUUUUUAUUGUUAUUCUCCUAAAGUAAUUACUAGGUUGGUUUACUUCUUCCUUUCUUUUCGAUCCAAUGUAAUUGUCUAUAUACCUGUAUAUUGAUUUUGCUUAACAAUUAGCGUACUUCAUCACAA